GAUAAACUUGAAACCGUUUAUGGUGCCCUCCCUCCAUAUCUCACUCUCUCACACUCCACAAAGCCACUAUCUAUGGCGGUGGUCAUGGAUGCUUUGCACCGCCCAACGACGCCGUUAAUCUCAUCCUCCUCUCCGUCGUUCUCCGCCGCACACGAUCGGAACCACCACAACAACAGCAGCUUCAGAUUACACCGAAUCGCUUCUCAAUUUCACCUCCAUUCAUCCAAAUCAGGGCAUGGAUGUUCAUGGAUGCUUGACAGCUCAAAGUAUAAAUAUAUUCUAGCCAACAGCAAAAGGAAUCAUGGUCAAUUACACGCAAUGUUUCCAUCUACACCUGCAGCAGUUUCAUCUGUGAAGGAUCUUUUCGAGUUUAUCUGCGCAGGACCCCUUAUAGAGAAACUUGGGUUCACCCCAGAAACAAUAGCUGAGUCUAUAGACAAGUGGUUAGAAAGCGGUUUUCACGUGUGUAAAUUGUUUCAGCUCAACGAGCUAUACCUGACUACACCCCAAAAAGCUAGAAUCUAUCACUAUUAUAUCCCAGUCUUCUUGUGGUGUGAAAAGCAAAUAUCUGAUCAUAGGUCUACGUUUAAAGAUGGCGAUGACAUCCCUCCUUUAGUGAUUGGCUUUAGUGCUCCACAAGGUUGCGGGAAGACUACGCUUGUCUUUGCUCUAGACUAUCUUUUUCAUAAUUCCGGGAGGAAGUCUGCAACUAUUUCCAUAGACGAUUUCUAUUUAACACAUGAUGAUCAGGCUAAACUAAGAGAGAACAAUCCUGGGAAUGCUCUUUUAGAGUUUCGUGGAAAUGCUGGAAGCCAUGAUCUUUCUUUGUCCGUUGAAACACUAACAGCUCUUGGAAAAUUGACUAAAGAAGGUAUGAAGAUGAAGCUUCCCAGAUAUGAUAAAUCUGCCUACAAUGGGAGAGGUGAUAGAGCUGACCCUUCAACAUGGCCUGAAGUUGAAGGACCUCUAACAGUAGUUCUUUUUGAGGGUUGGAUGCUUGGUUUUAAGCCUGUUCCUGCUGACGUGGUCAAAGCCAUUGACCCACAGCUAGAAAUAGUUAAUAAAAAUCUCGAGGCUUAUUAUGAUGCAUGGGACAAGUUCGUGAAAUCAUGGAUUAUUAUCAAAAUUAAAGACCCAAGUUGCGUCUACGAAUGGCGGUUACAGGCAGAGAUUCAAAUGAGAGAAGCUGGAAACCCCGGGAUGACUGAUGAGGAGGUGAUGGAUUUUGUGUCGAGAUAUUUACCAGCAUACAAUGCAUACCUCCCUACACUGUACACAGAAGGACCAAAAGGGUCAGAUUCUGAACACACACUCAUUGUUGAAAUUGAUGAAGGAAGAAAUCCAAUUCUUGCUGGCUAGAUACAAGUAACUACUACUUUUUCUUCGUCUUUGUUUAUUCGGUUUUUAACUUGUAUAUGUAAAACCUGACAUGCAUUGUAUACUUUGUUCUAUUCUUUUAUAUCCGAUUCUAGUGUAUAAUGUAUAUGCUGCAUACUCACUGCUUAAUAAGAGUCUCUCUCUCU